GCGAGCGAAACAUUGCCCUGCCCCGCUGUAGUUCCGCCUAUCGCCUGGUGGGCGCUGCAAACAUGGCGGAGUUGGACAUCGGGCAGCAUUGUCAGGUGGAGCACUGCCGGCAGCGAGAAAUUUGCGGUCUCCAUGCAGAGUUCACUAUGAUUUUCCAGUGCGUUUUCUCCAAGAAGUCCGAGAGUACACUGCUGGCUCGCGGAGCGCCCUCUCCUUUCUGCUUAGCGCCAGGAGCUAGGAUGCUUAGAUUUUCUUCCAUUUGUAUGUGAUGGUUGUUCAGGAAUAUUUUGGUAACUAUAAUCAAUGAGAGACUGAAGACUGAUAAACAUAAAUCUUACCCAUGUUCAUUCAAGAAUUGUGUUGAAAAAGAGCUUGUGGCAGUUAUAUGUCCUUACUGUGAGAAGAAUUUUUGCCUGAGACAUCGCCAUCAGUCAGAUCAUGAGUGUGAAAAACUGGAAAUCCAAAAGCCCCGAAUGGCUAACACUCAGAAACUUGUUAAAGACAUUAUUGAUUCCAAGACAGGAGAGACAGCAAGUAAACGACGGAAAGGUGCCAAAAAUAGUGAAACAGCUGCAAAGGUUGCAUUGAUGAAGUUAAAGAUGCAUGCUGAUGGGGACAAGUCAUUGCCACAGACAGAAAGAAUUUACUUUCAGGUUUUCUUGCCUAAGGGGAGCAAAGAAAAAAGCAAACCCAUGUUCUUUUGCCACAGAUGGAGCAUUGGAAAGGUCAUAGACUUUGCAGCUUCUCUAGCCAAUCUUAAAAAUGACAAUAACAAAUCAAUAGCUAAGAAAUUAAGGCUAUGUCACAUUACUUCAGGAGAAGCCUUACCCUUGGAUCAUGCUUUGGAAACCUGGAUUACUAAGGAGGAUUGUCCUUUAUAUAAUGGUGGAAAUAUUAUUUUGGAAUAUCUUAGUGAUGAAGAACAGUCUUUAAAAAAUGUUGAUUCUUAUUUGGAAUAGUCACUCAAGAAUUCAAACCAGAAAUCACAAGGAAAAUUUUUAUGUGCAUGUUUAAGUCAAUUUCUUUUACUAUAGAUACUUUUUUUUCAAUUUUUAAAAGAUGCUUUUUAAUUUAUUUCCAUUCUGUCAUAAUUUAUAUUAUCAGUUUUCUACUUAAUUGGGGUUUUUAUGUUUUAAAUUUAUGUGCUGAUACUCAAUUGUUAGCAAUUUUUAAAAAUUAGAUUUAUUAGUUUAUACUGUAGAAACAUCAGCAGAAGUGUGUUUCCCAUUUGGUUAAUGUCAGCUGUUGAUUGGCUAUGACACUGCUCCAUCCCAUCUUCACUCCAGAAUCCAAGCUGAAGUAACAACCCCCUUUUUGGGACUUUGCCAUUCUUAUGGCAGAAGGAGAUGGUAUAUAUGAGGUCAGCUCUUAAAAGAUUCUUGUGUUAUUUUGGCUUUAAGAAGUCACAUGCUUACGCCUAGUGUUAUAGGGCCCAAAAGUACAGCUUUACUCUUUGCCUACAUCAUGAUGUAUACAUUGAUGUGUAUACAUGAAUUAUGUAGAUUUAGAGAUCACCUCAUUCAGUCUCAGUCUUCUAAAUUUUUGGAUGAGGAAUCUCAGACCUAAGAAGAGAAACUUGUUGCCUUGGUAUCACCUAUCUGCAUUGGGGUAUGUUUCUGAUAACCUCCCCCAUUGUUUGUAUGAAUGUAUUACAAAUGAGAGGGAUGAUGGAAUAGCCCAACUUUAUUAUAGUCUCUGUACCAUGGCAAAACACCUGCCACAAAUAACUACACUUUGCCAACAAAUUGAAUUUAAUGUUUCUAACUAAUGUUUUCUGUUAUGCUUAACAAAGUACUAUUAUGCAGAAGGAAUAUAAAUUAUUUCUAUAUGUUCUUUGUUUUCUAUGCUAAUUAUCAUGAACCUAUACAGUGACUUUAACUUUAAUUAAAACAAUAAACAAUGUUCAUUUGGU